AUGGCGCUCGAUAGCUUCUUUCACAACAAGAUCGAGAGUAGGAAGCUCGAGAUCAUCCAGGGUCAAGCUGUUCUGCGAAGAUUGGAAGCUCAGAGAAACGACUACAACUCGAGAGUGCGGCUAUUACGUGAAGAGCUCGGUUUAUUGCAGCAACCUGGAUCAUACGUUGGUGAGGUUGUGAAGGUGAUGGGAACGAAGAAGGUCUUGGUCAAGGUGCACCCGGAAGGCAAAUACGUCGUUGACGUCUCCGAUAAUGUUGACAUUUCCAAGCUCACGGUUGGAAAGCGGGUUACACUUCUCUCCGAUUCCUACAAACUCGAAAAGAUGCUGCCGUCGUCUGUCGACCCCCUGGUAUCCCUCAUGAUGGUAGAAAAGGUCCCCGAUAGCACAUACGAUAUGAUUGGUGGUCUAGAUCAACAGAUUAAAGAAAUCAAGGAAGUUAUUGAGCUCGGCCUCAAGCACCCCGAACUCUUCGAGUCUCUCGGCAUAGCACAACCCAAAGGAGUCCUUCUAUAUGGCCCACCAGGAACGGGAAAGACUCUGCUAGCAAGAGCUGUCGCACAUCACACCGACUGCAAGUUCAUCAGAGUGUCCGGAUCAGAGUUGGUGCAGAAAUACAUCGGAGAAGGAUCAAGAAUGGUACGCGAGUUGUUCGUCAUGGCGAGAGAGCAUGCCCCAUCUAUCAUCUUCAUGGAUGAAAUAGAUUCCAUCGGAUCAUCCCGUGUGGAGGGCUCAUCUGGUGGCGACUCCGAGGUUCAACGAACUAUGUUGGAGUUGCUAAAUCAACUGGAUGGAUUUGAGCCUACAAAGAACAUCAAGGUCAUUAUGGCCACGAAUCGUCUUGACAUCUUGGAUCCGGCACUCCUGAGACCUGGACGUAUCGACCGAAAGAUCGAAUUCCCCCCACCAACAGUCGAAGCCAGAGCAGACAUUCUUCGAAUUCAUAGCCGAAGCAUGAACUUGACCCGUGGUAUCAACUUGACAAAGAUUGCCGAAAAGAUGAACGGGUGUUCUGGAGCAGAGCUGAAGGGUGUUUGCACGGAGGCAGGCAUGUACGCUUUGAGGGAGAGACGAGUGCAUGUUACUCAGGAAGAUUUUGACCUGGCAACGGCGAAGGUGCUGAACAAGCACGAUGACAAGGAGGUCAGUCUGGGGAAAUUAUGGAAAUAG